AUGGGAGGCUUCGACGUCUAUUGCGCCAUUUGCGGCGGGGGUCUUCGAAGGCCAUCGUGGACUUUUGAAGAAGACGACGAAGAUUCUAUAGCUUACACCUACGACCCUGCUGUUUUGGCUAAUCAUGAGGACCCGGAGUUGGGUUGGCUGGAAGACGUCAGGCUUAUUGGGGAGAACUCCGAAACCAGUGCAGAAUGCCCUGUCUGGGUUUCGGGCUUAGCUCACGAGGACGACUGUGGAUCUUUCCAUUACGAACUCGGAAGCAACCCUGAUCCUGCACUACUGGAUAUAGACGAGCCCGGAUCUUCAGUUGCAUAUUGGAGUACUGACGACAUACCUCAAUCUGUGCCCUUCCACACCCGCUGUCGUGAGCUUCUCGGUCACUUUCUGGGCGUCUCUGAAGUAGACAAGACUCUUCUACAUGCUGUUUUCGAGAAAUUAGCUCCAGAUGACGUGUCAUAUGGGUCAAGCAGCCUCAAUCUUGACUACGGUGAUAUAUCUGAGUAUAUGGGACAGUACUGGGAAAUCACGAGAGGGGGAGAACAUUGUGUGUUUAACCCGAUUCAAGUCAAGGGGCUGAAGCAACUAUACGACAGCCUUCCUCUUCAGAACCAGGAUAAUGCUGGCGAAGUCAAAGUAUACCAAACGGAAGGUGAUUCAUUCGCAAAAUUGCCUGCUGAUAUACUCCUCCUUAUCAUGUCCCAGUUUUCGCACAUGGGCCCGGUCUUUGAGCUCCGAAAGUCAUCCCCAGCCUUUGCUAACAUCCAGCUGGGCAAUGGGUUCUGGAAAAAGCGUUUCCACGACGACAUGCCGUGGCUCUGGGAUAUGCCAAUACUCCCGGAAUCGGAGGUUACGACCAUUGAUUGGAAGCAAGCUUAUCACAAACUGGACCUUGCCAGCCUGCCUUCUUCAAAAACUAAAGACAAAGUUUUUGGGCUGUGCAACAGAAGGAGAAUCUGGGAGCAGAUGUGUCCUAAAUUUCUCAAACCGUACACUAGGCUCCAGUCAAAUUUGCUGGCCUGGGGUGCAAUGGAACCACCCAUCCUGAGAGAUGCUUAUGAGCCUGAAGCCCGAGGUUGGGGAGGGCCCGGAGAUUAUCCUUGGAAGCCAACAACUGAAACCUUGUUCGACAUGUUCCAUGAGCUUCCGGAUGCAAGGCCCACCAUUACGGCGGACUGGACAGAUGAAGGAUAUCUUGUCGACCUCCAUGCACGAAAGGAAAAAGAUCUCCAUGCGAUCACCGCCAAAGAAAAGAGAGACAUGGUACCUAUUCCCGAUGAUGACUGGCUCACAGGUUUCAUUAUCACCACUCGCAUGGUCGAUGUUGAGUGGGGGGAGAAGCAGCGUCGCAUUUUUGGGCUUGACAUUCUUUUCGCAAAGCAGCUCCCAGUGCGACUGGGUUCGCCCGAGGGCGAUAAAUGUCUCUUCUACGUGAAGGAAGAUCACUUCAUCGUUGCGCUCAAAACUUGUCGUAGCGAAGAUGGUCUUUUGGUUCAACUCGGGCUUAUUGGGCAACCAGUGUCACUUUCCAAAGAUGGCUCGCGAAUCGUAGACACUCUCAGGGAUAAUUAUACCACUUCCACAAUGGAGUAUCCGUGGUGGAGAGAACUUCCUCCCACAUUUGUCCGGCUGUCUGAACCCAGGGUGAACAAGUUUAGAGUUUCUGGGUUCAAAGAUAAGGCUCCAAUGGACCUUUUGAUGAUGGGAACAUCGGACGAGGAGCUGGCUGAUAUCACAUCCAUCUCAGUAGAUAUCUGCCUGGGUGGGAUUGAGGUUACCUACGGUCACCAGGGAAGCCGCAAGGUGGGCACCCGGCAUCAAGCUAUGAAAACCUUGAGUAUCGAUGGCAAGGGUGGAGAGAGGAUUGUGCGAGCCUAUGCCACUUUGCAGGAUGAGCCCAACUCUCUCACUAUUCUCACAAAUCGAGGUCGCACAUUGGCCGUCGGGCGAUCGUCAAGCAACUCUGGCAGAUUGGAUGUCAUCGACAACGAAGCCCAGCUGGAAAUCUGUGGAUUUUAUGGUUGCUGGCAGUCCAACGGUAACGAUACGAAUGAUACAUCGCUUCGGAGCAUAGGCACCGUCGGUUCGGUGGACCUGGGUUAUGUCGACACAGGCACUCUGCCGGCUGUCCCAAGGGAUUCCAACAACUUCACCUGGGAGCCUUCCAUUUUGCCGUCAAACCUGAGGGAGUCAGGGGCCGUAUUGGGCUCGCGUGACGACGCCAGCAUCCGGCUGCCAAUGGCCAGUGUUGUCAGUAGGAUUGACUGCAGUCGGGCGUUGACGGAGAUACGGGUGACCUUGACUCACAACAGUGGUGAUCCCAUCCUGGCCCCCAUAACAGCCAUCACUUUCAAGUAUGCUGAUGGUGACGAGGAAUCCGUUGGCCCCGACAGAUUUCCCGAGGCUGCAACCUGCCUUGGUUGUAAACAUGGAUCAAGUGUUCGAGAACAAAUCGACCUAGUGCCGCAUUACCAGCAGCAGACUUGGAAGAUCGAUGGGAAGAAGUUGACAAGUUUGAGAAUCUGGCGUCAUAGUUGUAUGAGCAUUGCUGCAAUACAGUUUGUCGUCGAGGGACAGGUAGAGAGUCCAGUCUGGGGAUAUUGGCAAGUCGACACCAGUGCGUUGGAGCUUUCCGAAGUGAGGUUUGCAGGCGAAGGGGGAGGCAGGGUGGUUGCGCUCAAGAUGUUCUUGGGGAAAAUUACACGGGGUGGUUACCGUGAUGAUGAUGUUAUUGUUGGGAUACAACAGCUGGUGCCCUCUUACACUGUUGAGGUACGAUCUCGCGAAUAG